GUGUUUCUCCUCCAGUGUCUCUGAUCAUCAGUCCCAACAGAACUCAACACUUCACAUCUGUCUCUCUCUCUCUGAGCUGUGAGGACCAGAGUAACUCUGAUAGAUGGACAGUGAGAAGAUACUUAGACAGUGGAUGGCUGGAUGAUUGUUCAUCAUCACUGUUGGGAUCACAAUCAGGAUCUACAUGUACAAUCAACUCCAACAUCACAUUAGACUCUGGAGUGUACUGGUGUCAGUCUGAAUCUGGAAAGAACAGCAAUCCUGUUAAUAUCACUGUACACUCUGGUGUGAUUCUGGAGAGUCCUGUUCAUCCUGUGACUGAAGGAGAUACUCUGACUCUGCACUGUUUAUAUCAACAUUCAACCCCACCAAACCUCACAGCUGAUUUCUAUAAAGAUGGAUCACUCAUCCAGAGUCAAACUACAGAGAUGAUCAUCUCUACUGUCUCAAAGUCACAUGAGGGUUUCUACUACUGCAAACACCCAUAUGGAGAAUCACCCAAGAGCUGGAUCUCAGUCAGAGAGAGAAGAAAAACAGCUUAUAAAACAACCUACAGCAACUUACAACCACUAUGGGUCAUUGGUGUUUCUCCUCCAGUGUCUCUGAUCAUCAGUCCCAGCAGAACUCAACACUUCACAUCUGUCUCUCUCUCUCUGAGCUGUGAGGACCAGAGUAACUCUGAUGUUAGAUGGACAGUGAGAAGAUACACAGACAGUGAACAGCUGGAAGAUUGUUCAUCAUCAGACUGGGGAUCACAAACAGGAUCUACAUGUACAAUCAGAUCCACUAUCCCAUCAGACACUGGAGUGUACUGGUGUCAGUCUGAAUCGGGAGAGAACAGUCAUCCUGUUAAUAUCACUGUACACUCUGAUGUGAUUCUGGAGAGUCCUGUUCAUCCUGUGACUGAAGGAGAUACUCUGACUCUACGCUGUUUAUAUCAACAUUCAACCUCUCCAAACAUCAGAGCUGAUUUCUUUAAAGAUGGAUCACUCAUCCAGAAUCAAACUACACAGAUGAUCAUCUCUACUGUCUCAAAGUCACAUGAGGGUUUUUACUACUGUAAACAACCAGAGAGAAUGAGAGAGUCACCCAAGAGCUGGAUCUCAGUCACAGUGUCUCAUUCAGAAUCUCAGAUCUCUGUUCUCCACACACUCAGUUCUGUACUGACAGUUUGUCCGUAUCUGCUAGUGACAGUCGUGCUGAUUUUCAAAUGCUGCAGGAUGAGAGUUACAUCUGUUGAAGAGCAAGAAACUGCAAUCUGAUAAUAAUCUGUUGUGACAGUGAGAAAACUUCAGCUUCAUCCUGGAAUCUCUCAGUAUCUCAUUUACAAGUUUGGGCUGAACGUGCUUAAAUACUGUAAAAGUCACGUUUUGGGAGUGACAACUGAAUUUUUUCAACUCCUUUUGGCAUCUUAUUGUUGUUAAC